UGCUGAUGUUUUUUUUUUGUAGGAUAGAGUUAUCCUUUGGGUUUUUGCAUUUUUGGCUGAGUAGAAAAUGACAGUUUAGGGAGUAAGAAACAUAGGGGAGACCAAUUAGUCGUAAUGCUGAAUCUGCUGUUGUUGUCUGGACUACUACUACCCAAAGCUAGAGAGAAGGACAACAAUACUUCCGCUGAAACCGGGAGUGAUGGAGAAUAAUGGCCACCAGCUAUAGAGAUCUUACAAAGUAUGAUUCUGAAACCCUAACAAUUUCAGGAUGACAACAAGGCAUCACACUUAACAGCUAGAGAUGUUAGCUCAGUAACCAAAAGCUAGAUAUAGCUCAUAAGGCGUGGCACUGAAAUUGCAGUGAUGUAGAUACAAUGACCACUAGCUAGAGAGGGGUAACAAGACAUGUCACUGAGACCACUGGCUAUGUUAGGAUAUAAGCCACCAGCCAGAGAGGCCGUCCUGAAUCUCCCAAAAUGUUAGUACCUCAGGGACAGAAAAGGAAGGGGGUCAGGGAGUUGGCCUUGUGAUUUCUUUCAGAAAAUCUUUCAGAAAGAGAGGCUUUCUACCUUGGAUAAGGGCUCCGUCCGCUAGCAUGCCAUUUAAAUGAAAUAGUCGGUUUCAAAGGCUAAUAUUCUAGAACCACUUUCUUGCCUGUUAUUAUGCUUGUCUUCAGCAUUAACAUCAAAUAAUUUUGAUUGUCCGGAUAAGCAUUCGAUCUUUGUCUGUAUUAUGGGCAUUCAGAUAAAGUUCAAGUUAGAGGAUAUACACUUACUACACAACCUACUCUUUCAGGAGCUCUUCAAAGAAAUUAAAAUGAUAUUUUCCGUUGUUAAUUUUUCAAGUCAGAAGUUUAGUAGUAAUGAUGGUAAUCAUUGUCCAUGCCUUAAAGGACCUAAUGAUACGAGUCUACUAUUGCGCUGUUCUAUUAGAAUCUUACCAUUAUUAGAAUUUGAUACUGGACUCAGUCAAAUUGCAACUACAAGGCUUGUAUCUCUGUUUCAGAAGCUGUGUUCUUCAGGCCUAGUCCGUUCACUUCUCAGUUCCAAGGAAACACAAUUUGGAGACUUUGGAUUUCUUAUGACUUGUGAGGUCACUUCUUGUACAGAUGUCUCUACCAUGGCUUUUGCUAAGAGUGAAGAGACAAGCAUCGGAAAUGCAGUGCAUUGUUUGUCUGCAUUGCUUGAGGUUUUUGUGGAUGAGCUUAUUCUCCAUCCAAACUUGGGUAAAGCCUUUUCAAAUGUGAAUAUGGAAUCGACUGGCUUAUCUUCAAGAUUUAAAACUCCAUCUAUAUUUGGGAAACAUAUUGACCAUUCAUUAGAGGCAAUGUUUGUUCAUUGUCUUCUUUCAAUGUCUAAUAAAAUCUCCAAUCUCAGUAUGGCGAAUGCAAGGAGUACCAGGAUUAGUCUUCCUGCAGCCGUUCUUUUGCUUGAUUAUUUGGAUUCGAUUAAAGCUCCAAAGAUUUUCCAAGCACAUGUUCUGGUUCUGGUUGCUGAAGCUAUUGCUGUUGAUUCCAUACCUACUUAUGGUGAGUUGCCAAAGAUGUUAUCACUGAGCCAGCUUGUAUCAGUGUUUGAGUCUGCUGUUAAGCUUUACAGAAAGCAUUCUUCCCUUAUGGAUACUGUUGAUGAUUGUGAUUGUCUGGAGACUCCUGUAUUAGAAUCUUGUCUGAUUAAGCACAGGAAUUUACAAGCUGAGCUUGAUGUAAGUUCUGAUUCUUUGUUAAAUCUAAUGUGGAAUGAAAAGGAUUGCAUUCAGCAGUAUAAGUGCUUUAGUUCCCAUCAAAGUUCGAGUUCUUCUACUAGAACCUGUGGAACAAAUUCAUCCAAUCUAUUGAAUUUGUUAUGCAUGUACAUCAAAGAACAUGAAGCGUCCCUGGAUAAUUUAUCAAGGAAAGAAAUCAGUGGUAUCUUGCAUUGCACAGUAACGAAAUCUUUCUCUGGAGUAGGGGAAAGUGAUAUACCAUCCUCUGCGCAUGCUAACAUUCAUCCAGGUACUUAUUUGCUUGCUGCUAUUCUGCAACUGAUGGGUUCUUCUUUGUCAAGAAUUCUAUGCAUAAUAAAGAGAAAAGGAGAUUCUGGUCAUUCAACGCCCUUGGAUCAAAAUUUACUUGAAGCAUAUCAUUAUACUAUUGAUUUAAUAAGGAAUUUAAUUGUAAACUGCCAUCACACAACACGAACUGGAAUCGCAUUGAGCAAGAUAAUGGCUAAAAUGCUUGGGACAAAUAAACACUCAGUGGGACCUGCAGUAUCUUAUUUUGUAGGUGAACUGUAUCUGAAGUGUCAAAUGGGUUCAGAGUUGUUAUGUAAGGGGUAUGUGAUUUUUCUCAAGUCACUGAUGAGCCUCUUCGUUUUGGAGCAUGGUGGAAUUGAUUGCUUAAGGGCAUUGAUGGAGUCUUCAGAAUUAUCAGCGGAUUCUUCUGAUUCAACUUCUCAAACAGUUUUGAACCAGGGUGAGAAAUUGUUGGAAAGACAAAGGCCUUUGAGCAUUGAACCGCGGUUGGUACCUGUGUUAACAAACUUCCUUAAAAAGAGGCAACAGUAUUUAUCACGUCAUCGUGUUCAUGAUCUAGGGUACACCUUCACUCACUCGAAAGUUACUAAGGGAGAGAUGGCUGGUCGGGAAGAGGAGGCAGAUAUAUCAGAGAGCAUCAUAAAAUCAAAAAAGGCUAAUGGGAACAUUACAUAUAUUGAAAGUGUAAUAAAGAUUCAAGGUCAGUGGACAGAAGAUCCUAGUGACCUUAGUGAUUUCAUUGUAUGCAAGGAGGGUAAGGAUUAUUCAGCAUGGCUACAGAAGCGACGCAAGAUGAGGCAGAAGAAAUAUGACCGAGAAUUUUUCCGAAGAAUGAAAGAACGAAAAGAACUUCUUCUGCUGUUAUCAGGAGACAACAAGGUGCAACAUAUGUAAUUAUUUCAAAAGCUGAAACAUGUUAAAACAGUUUUCGUCCAACAUCUUUGGCAAAAAAAUGAUCUGCAGCAAUGAUUGUACUUGUCUGAUACAAGACUAGGAUGAGAAACACCAAAUAUACACUUUCUGUGUUAUGAUCUAGUGGCAAUACCGCUCAUCAUAGGAAAGGAAGCAACAAGCACCUCGCUCCUAUAUCAUCUGCAAGAUUGACAACUUUUCUGAAGAACGAGAAGACGAAAAAGGUCUCGCUCUAAGUCGCUGGAUAACUGUAAACAGCCCUGCCAGCCCCACGGACUGGGACCGCUAAUUUAGGUCCUGCAUUGUUAUUACGGCCAAUGAGCUUUCAUAUUAUGUAGUGGUUUUGAAAAUUCAAAAUCUAUUGGUCAGAGAGCUCGAAAGACAUGAUUGUAGAGAAAAUGCUCUAUAUUGUAUGUUUACCCAAUUACAACAAUCCAUGACUUUUUAGAAAGUUAAACUAAGAAUCUCUUAUCAAAGCUGUAGCCCCUUCUUGGGAUCUUCCUGAUUUGUCUCUAAAAUUAUAAUUCCAAAUU